UUGGCUUCAGACGCGACGCCGUCGCUAGGGAGCAGCUCCACAACAGCAAAUGGAAAAAUCGGUGCCACAGUAACCAAGAGCAGCGCGCUGUGUACAGUUUAAACAAUGCCUUCCUCUGUGAACCAAACUUGCAGUUCCUGACAGAUAUUAAACACACAUUUUGCCGUUUAAAGAGAUUCUCUGGUUUACUGCCUUUUUCUUUCAACAUUGUUCUAUUCUUUUUCUUUUCUAUUUUAAAUCUUAUUUAUUUCCUUGCUUGCAAUCUGCUCCAAAUUUUUGUGAAGUGCUUUCAAGAAACCAUACUGUUUCUUUAUGGCGUCGCACCAGCAGUCAAGAAUUCAGUCAUACCUGGAAAAGAACAAAAUUGGCCCUUUGUUUGAGGAAAUGAUGACCAAACUGAUAAGUGAGACCCCAGAUCAUCCUAUUCCCUUUCUAAUCAAUCACCUGCAGACUAAACAAGGCAGUCCGAGCAAGCUCCAAAGAACUCUCUCAGGAUCUGCGGCUUUGUGGGCAGAGAGCGGGACAGCAGAGAACAAAGGGACAAGGAGGGAUUUCAGAAACUAUGAUAAGCCAUGGCAGAUAAAUCCCAAAAAGCCCAAAAAGUCAAAGAGUGACCUUGCUGUAUCAAACAUAUCUCCACCUUCACCGGAAUCAAAGUCAUUACCAAGGUCAACAGAGCAUCCUGAGUGGGACUGGAGUACUAAACCAGAGAGCUGUGACUUUGAUGAACUGAACCUCAUCCUUCAGGAAAGCAGAAAGCUUGGAAAGGCGCUGGAGAAUCUGUCGCGCUGCAUUGCUGUCUCUGAUGAAAGUGAUCAGGACCCAAGAGCCUAUAACUCAUCUCUGCUGAGACCCCGAGUAAUAGGAGAGUGGGUUGGUCGUGAGGAGAAUGAUGCUGAUCCGUUGGCAGCUGAGAUGUUACAGCCUCCUGUGCCUAAAAAUAAGAAUGAGCAGCGGGAAGGCGAAGACAGCAGUGGCAGUCCUGCAGGGAGCUUGAAGAUGGAGCCAAAGAGCAAAGGUCUAAAGCAGCAGCAGCAGCACCACAAGAAGCUGCUGGCAGCAAUGCUGUCCCAGGACUCCUUCGACUCGCUCCACAGCUUUGCAUCCUCCGUGCCUGAGGAGGAGAUUGAUGACGAGGAUGACGCCAUGGAACUACUGGAGGACCUUGAUGAUUUACGAAUGGAGGGAGUAACCAGCUUGGCAUCACCUGGUAACAAGUUUAGCCAGGGUCGCAGUUCUUACUGUCCUGAACCCCAAGCCAAAGUCACACUCAACAUCUGCUCAAGGUGUGCCAGGCUUCAAGGUGAUAGUCUGGUAGAAGCAAGAGAUGAUGAGCCAUUGUACUCCAGAGAACAAGCUGUACCAGAGAUAGCAUGUUCGUUACCUGGGGUUGAACCUCUGUUAGAGAAUGAGGAAGAAUUUGAGAGUGCUUCUCAAGUGACUGGGCCUCGUCAACCAGUCUGGGACUCAGAUGCCAUGUAUGCCAGAAGCGGGAGCUCCCUAAGGCAGAAACAAUUGAAGGAGUCCUUCUCCACAAAGGAACUGCACUGUAUGGAGAAGCAUCUCACUGAAGUUGAAAAAGACCUGGCCAAGAUUGCUGAAGCCACUCUACUUCGGAGCCCAAACAGUCCACAUAACAGUCUACUUCUGACAUCAACUCGUCAAGGCAACCAGCAGGCGUUGCCUGGUCAGAAUUCCAGUCCUCCAACACCAGGAAGCCUUGCUGGUAAAAGCAGCCAGCUACAACUCCAAGGAAACAAACCAGUCUCCUUAGCAAACUGUAGAUCACAGACACCAAGCAACCAAAACAGUAGGCCCCAAACUCCGAACACACUUGCCAACAGGCCCAGGACACCUUCUGCUCAAGGUAGUAGACCCAUGACCCCUAACAGUUUACUGUCACGACCCCUCACUCCUAGCAAACAAGGUAACAAGGAGGGAAACAUUGGAAGCCAAAGGAACAGGCCAGUAACACCUACAAGUCAGGUUGGGCCUCUGCUUUCACCAACAGGACUGACUAUUGGGCAAAUAGCUGGAGAAAGUGUGGGACAUGCUGCUACUCAAAGAAACAAUCUGUCAGAGGAUGAGUCUUAUCAGCAGUUGCAGGUUGCCCGUCAGCCGUGGCUAAUCCCCAGUGACACAAACAGUGAUUGUGUGGAUCAGGCUGAUCAAGACAAAUGUGAGUUUAGACUACAAAAGUGGUUGGGGUAGAGAGUUUAAAGGGAAUCUAUUAAAAGCUUAUCUGUGAAGGUGUCUGCCAUAAAUCAGCUGCAAUGGGCAAUGAUGCAACAGGCUAUACAUCAUUCACAUAAAAUGUAUACAUAGUGCACAUUUCAAUUUAUAGGUUGUAAUGUUUUUUCAAGGUAAAUGGCCCCUUAUAAAUUUAGCUUGAUAUUUUGUUGUGUUUUUAAAGCCUGAUAAGACUAUCCUGGUGGUCUAGUAAGGGAGUGGUAAUCUUACAUAAUUGCACACUUUAAAGUGAUGUCAUACCCAGCCAGGUUGUAAAUACAGUACCUUUCUCUCCCUGUUGUUAGUUUCAGUCACAACAGCAGAUCUGAUAGAAGGCUGAUAGUUGGCAUUCAGGUGGCAGGCCAUUCCGUGAUUAUCAUUGAGGAAUUGUGACUUAUUUUGGCAGUUCAUCACCUUGCAGUUUUCUUCUGAAUAUGAAACCUGUAAUUAUAGUGACAACAACUGCAGUGUAGGACAUAGGCAUUUUGACUAUAGCUGCCUUGCAAAAUACUUUUGUCUUUGUUCACACCCAGUGUCCAGCAUAUCUAAUUAAAAUGGGCUGAAUCUCAAUUACCCUGGCACAGAUACCCACUCAUGUA